CAGGAUGGCACUGCAUGACUACCCCAUACCAGACCUGGACACAACCUUGCAGGAAGCUGGCCGGGUCCUCCAACUCACUCUGAGCCCUGACUUGUACAUGCAGUACAAAAAUGCCCUUUCCCAGCAGAGGGAGAUCCUACAGGAGGCCCAGAGGAAGCUGUCCGACGCUGGUUCCGGUCGUGAGAACUGGGUGACAGAGCAGUUCAAAAGCCGGCUACUGUCCUGUAGUGAUCCGUUGCCCACCUCCACCGCCAUCCCCACAGUCCUGCCUCAGUCGAGGGCCUGGAAAGACGACACACACCUGGGGAGGGCAGCAGCACUGGUGUGGGCCAUGGCCAAGCUGUACAGCGAGCCCUGGCUGGUCGAGCGAGACGUGCCAAUGGAGCGCACACAACAGUCAGAAGUGUUUGCUGCCAGCCGACUCCCUGGAAAGAAACAAGAUGAGAUUAAGCUGUACCCAGAUAGUCUUCACGCCAUCCUUACCUGCCGAGCGGGGGCGUUUCCCAUACAGAUUCUGCAUAGGCCCAGUCCAGGGGGUCCUCUCACAGCCCUCUCCCUGGGGAACAUAUACGAUCAAUUAGAGCACAGCAGUAACCAGCCUGCUGCGGGCGCAGACAAGGACGCCUCCGCUAUCUGUGGCUUCUCCUCCCUGCCCCGUAGAGAAUGGUAUGAUGUUAGGGAAAAGGUCCUGAAGAGGGGAGGGCCCACCGCUGGAUCCCUGGACCUCAUGGAGAGUGCCAUACUGGCGGUCUCUCUCGAAGACGGACCAGCGCCAUCUGACGUGGCAAGCACCCUCAAUGCCAUCAGACUCGGGGGCAGAGGGUGGAGUUGCUUGAGGCAUUAUGACAAGGUCAGUAAAUGA